UGUCCAGCUGACCAUGCCCAGCCCCAUGCCUGAGUAUCUGAACGUGCACUACAUCUGUGAGUCAGCCUCCAGACUCCUCUUCCUCUCCAUGCACUGGGCACGCUCCAUCCCUGCCUUCUCAGCUCUUGGUCAGGAGGCGAACACCAGCCUGGUGCGGGCCUGCUGGAACGAGCUGUUCACUCUGGGUCUGGCUCAGUGCGCUCACGAGAUGAACCUGUCCACCAUCCUCGCCGCCAUCAUCAGCCACCUUCAGAGCAGCAUCCAGGACGAAAAGCUUUCGGGGGAGAGGGUGAAGCAGGUGAUGGAGCACAUCUGGAAGUUCCAGGAGUUUUGUAACAGCAUGACGAAGCUGGAGACGGACAGCUACGAGUACGCCUACCUGAAAGCUAUAGUGCUGUUCAGCCCUGAUCACCCAGGUGUGGACAGCAGUGGUCAGAUUGAGAAGUUCCAGGAGAAAGCCCUGAUGGAGCUGCAGGACUACGUGCAGAAAACGUACCCAGAGGAAACCUACAGGUUGACCCGUAUCCUGACUCGUCUCCCGGCGCUGCGCCUCAUGAACUCGGGCAUCACAGAGGAGCUCUUCUUCACUGGCUUGAUAGGUAACGUCUCCAUUGACAGCAUCAUUCCAUACAUCCUCAAGAUGGAGACGGCUGAGUAUAACUGCCAGGACUCUGACCCCACAGACUGACAGCCAAUGGCUCCAGCACCAGGAACUUUUAGGAUCCACUUCAGGUACUCUUAUUUUUCUCUGGUGGGGUUUAACGUUGAACCCCACUCUAAAGCCCUGCAGCAGCCCCUUGUUUUAUAACGAUGCAUGGUGCAAAGUCAUUCAGGAAUCCUCGAUAUAUUAACAUAAUCUGGGAUUGGAAAACCAGGAUGACGCUAGGAAUGUUUUCUGGAGCUCACGCAGUGCGGUGAUCUUGGAUUUCUGGCUCUAACCUCAGUCGCUCUGAACUGAAUGGAAAAGGAAUCCCUCUGCAGCUUCAACUGUGCUCCUCUCCUUUAAUGACUUCAUAGCACUUCAAGCUAAAGACACAUGAGCUUUAACUUCUAAGCCUUUCCUAUUGUUUCUGUUUUAUCUAAGCCUUACCAUGCUCUCAUGUUGACCACAUACGUAACUUACCAUUAGCAUGCAGAUAACAGACUCUAUCAAUAAGCUGAAACAGAAAUCCUGCUCUUGUGGAAGUGGAAUCUCAGCUAUUUCAAAGUCUAAAGACUAAAGUAAUUUCCAGUACUCACUUUAAAAGUGUACUUUGAGCUAUAAAGUGUUUGUUUAUGUUGGUAUUUGGUAACAUUGGUGCAGUAAAACUAAUAUUUAAAUGACCGUACUGUUGAAUUGAGAAUUCAGCCUUUUACAAAGAUAACGUAUGACUUCUCUGAAUGUCAUAAAGUUCAGUGAGGAAUCGAUACACGCUUUGUAAUAAUUCCAUCUUUUUUCAAUUUUUAAACUGACAACAUUGCCUCAAAGGUGUAAUACAUUAAUGAGAAUCUCUUUAAAUACAUAAAGAAAAGUUGGAAUGAAACUCCAAUCAGGUAUGAAACUAACUCAAGACUCAAUUAAUUCAUACUCAAAGUUCUGUAUUUAUAUGAACUGGCGUCAACAGCAUUUACCGACCAUUCAGUGCAUUACAACAUGACCAAUGUCUGGUUUAUUUUAUUUUACUUUUAACUUAAAUGCACCUUCAGAUUGGCCAAAUUAGCAAGUUUCAUCGAACCUUUUCUUGUUUUAUUCUAAAAGACUUAUCAGAGAUGUACACUAAUGUAUGUCUUAUCAUGAAUAUGUUGCUAAUGACCAGUGCAAUCACCUGAUCACUUUCCCUUUACGACAAUCUAUAACAUGGUAUUUCUGUCCCAUCAGUGUCAUGGCACUUCUUCUCAAUCUGCUUGUAUGUGUAUUUAUCAUUGGCAGUUAUUUCUUUUAAGGAAUUAUAUUAUGUUACAUAUUUUUGAGUUCAGAAAUGUUACUUAUGUGUAGCAAUGCUACUGUUUUUGUACUUGUGUUUGCAUUUGUUCUUUGCUUUGUGCACAUCAAUCAGCUUGUGUGGCGUUCCACUGUUUUCAUGUUGACUAAACCUUUGUGUUUUAUAUGUUUUCUAAAAACUUUAUUUUGUUGUAAACAAAUGUGCUUGUUGCAUACUAAGUGUACUUAAAGCACUUUUGGGCAGGUUUCCCUGAUUUGAAAAAAAACCAAGAUUUUUUGGGAAGCCAUUUUCGAGUACGUUUUUUUAUUUUAAAGACCUGCAUUUUCUUUAAAGACAAAGAGUUGCAUUGACUAACCCAAUCCUCAAUGGUUCAGAAUCCACAGCAACAUGAAUGAUAACAGGAAUGUAAAGAGGUCAAAAAGGAUUAUGUCUUGAAAAGUAAAUGUCAAUUGUAAUAUUUUGGGUUUAAAACCCAUACAAACUGUUUGUAAAGGCACUGUUGUGAGAUGACCUUUGUACAUGUAGUUUCAUUAAAAUGAGUGCAUGUUGUUUGUAAGCCAGAUUUUAUAAUCUUGUCGCUGUCUGCCCUCAUAAGGAGCAUUGUUAUACAUUUUAUAGUGCAUUGCAGUGCAUGAAGAAGUUGCUUAAGUGCAUUUUAUUAAAUGCUUUAUGAAAAAUGUGUAUUUAAAUGUUGUGGCUUUAAAAUAUUUAAAAUAUUAACCAUAAGCAGCUCUUACAUUACAGGAUAUCACAUCAGAUUUCUAUUCUUGAGCUUUGUGGCUUGAGUAUCCUUUGUUAACAUUUUAUACCAUGUUAAUUUUCUUGGUUUUUUAUGCUUAUGUGAAAUGCAUUUCUUCAAACAUUAAGAUUUAGAAACCACAUAAAUAUUUUUGCUCAAGUUUGUCACAACCCCACAUUUCUACCUCACACCAAUGAAGAUGUAAAACAUGCAUAAUCGACUGAGCUCCUGUAUCAGCAUUCCAGUCUCUGAGGCUUGCUUCUCUGAAGCCACAUGCUAUAAAAAGAA